AUGAAGGCCAUCUCCGGCCAUAUCAUAUGUGCCGCCAUCGCCUUCGGGCUUCUCGGCUCUGCAAAAGGUCUAGAUGAAGGUCUCAUUGCUGAUACAGUGGACCUUCCCUCGUUCAUCCAUGAGUAUAAGCUGGAUGCAUCCUACCUGAGCGCGGCCGAAAAGGCAAAUCGAUUGUCCAACAUCACCUCCAUGGUUCAACUGGGCAAUUUACCUGGAGCACUCCUCGCUUAUUUUUUCAGUGCUUGGAUUGGACCGCUCUGGACAAUGAGAGAGAUGUGCUUCCUCUGGAUAAUUGGCGUCGUCAUCGUCCUUACAUCAGACGGGGAAUAUGGUCAGCUCAUUGCCGGUCGCUUCAUCUCCGGUAUGGGAAUUGGCCAGGCAGGCAUUGUCGGUCCCAUAUAUCUUGCCGAGGUGGCACCAACGUCCCAUCGGGGUCUAUUGGUCGGUAUAUAUGCUUCGUCAGAGUACAUUGGAAUCUUGAUUGGGUAUUUUGCUGGUUAUGGUGCCUCGCUUCAUUUGUCAAACACGAGCCGUGAGCAAUGGAUUCUUCCUCAAUCCAGCCAGAUAAUGAUGGCUGUUGUCUUACUCUUAUUCUCUCUGGGUUGCCUAGAAAGUCCCCGGUAUUUGUGCGAGAAACAUCGCCAAGCCCAGGCUGCCCAGGUUCUGGAGCGGUUACGACAACUGCCAGAAGACAGUCCAAGUAUCUUAGAAGAAUUGAACUUGAUUCAAGAUGAAUUGAUUACCAAGCAGACUGACAACAAGAAACAAUGGAUAUCACUAGAGCCAUGGAAGUUGCUCUUUGGGAAGCGUGCCAAUCUGUCCAAACUAGGUUUUCUAAUAUCUGCCCAAAUCCUCAGUCAAUGGUCAGGUACAAAUGCUAUUACAACUUAUGCCCCUAAAUUCUUCGAGUUGCUCGAUGUCACUGGGCAAUCAGAGAAGCUUCUGAAGACAGCGAUCUUCGGGGCUGUGAAAUUUGCUUCAGCCAUUUUGUGUGCAAUUCUUUUCAUUGAUCGCCUUGGGCGAAAACGCUGCUUGGUAUCUGGAAUUACCCUGCAGCUUUUAUCUCUUCUCUACGUUGCCAUCUACCUUACAGUUUCGUCGUCUUUAGGAACAAAGAUACAUUCAGCGAAUAUGCACAGAGCGGAUAUAGCUGCUAUUGCAUCCCUCUAUGUGACAGGAGUGGGAUAUGCUUUUGGUUGGAAUUCUAUCCAGUACUUGAUCAACACUGAGAUCCUUCCAACUUCUAUCCGCGCCCUCGGUACAAGCAUCCUGAUGUUGAUUCACGGUGCCAUGAGAUUCGCCCUUGUCAAGGCUCUUCCAUCGAUGAUGUUGGAGGAUGCACUGCAACCUAAAGGCACUUUUUGGUUCUUUUUCGUGGUCGCUUUGCUGGGUUUGAUAUGGGGAGUGUUUUUGCUACCGGAAACCUCGCAGAAGGACUUGAAAGAAACCAGUGAGAUGAUCUCCUAA